UUUUUUUCCUUUCAUCCAAGUUCUCUGUUUCAUCUAAUCCAAUGGCGAUUUCUGGCUUCUGGUUUCUAGCAUGAUCUGAAUCUUACACUGUUGUUGUCGUGGAUAUCUCGGUCAGAAUCUCACAUCACUUACAAAUCGCAGAUUUAUAGCACACAACAAUGGCAGACUAUCACUUUGUGUACAAAGACGUUGAAGGAUCAUCAACUCAAUGGGACGAUAUCCAACGAAAACUCGGAAAUUUGCCUCCCAAACCCCCUGCAUUCAAGCCCGACCCCUUUACUCCCGCAGAAGACGAAGAUUCCAAACCUAAAGACAAGAAUUGGAUCGAUAACAAGACCGAAGAACAACUUGAAGAUCUUGAAGAUGAUCUAGAUGACGACCAAUUCAUCCAAGAAUACUGGAGAAAGAGAUUCGCAGAGAUGAAGAACGUAGUGAAAAUCGCAAAGUUCGGGUCAAUCAUACUGAUUUCCGGAUCGGAUUUUGUGCGUGAGGUGUCACAAGCACCACCGGAUGUGUGGGUGGUGGUUAUAUUAUACAAAGACGGGUACCCUGAAUGUGGUGUCCUAAUGCAAUGUCUGGAAGAACUGGCAACGAUGUAUCCCGCCACAAAAUUUGUUAAAAUGAUAUCGACCGAUUGCAUUCCGAAUUACCCAGAUCGUAAUCUCCCCACUGUGUUGGUUUAUAAUAAUCGUGCUGUGAAGGCGAAUUAUGUCGGUUUAUAUACUUUUGGUCGGAGAUGCACGCCUGAAGGUGUUGCGAUGGUUCUGUGCCAGUCGGAUCCUGUGCUUAACGAUGGGCAAUAUGAAGGUGAAGCGUCUAGAGAAGCUGUUCUUGAAGGCGUGAGGAAGAGGUUUAUCGAGAAAGUGAUAUCACAGCAUGAAAAUGAUGAUGAUGGGUCUUCAAGUGACUAGAAUCAUGGUUCUUUUUUGUUUUUAUUUAUGUUGAAUCCUAGGUUGUUGGUACAAUAUUUAGGAU